AUGGAUAUAAAUGACUUUACUGAGUUAAAACAACGUCAAACUGCUCAAGACGAAGUGCUCAAUGUAAUUUUCCGUUUGAAACACAAGACUCCAAGUGAUCGACAGGAUACAAGUCUAUGCGAGACUCUAGUGAAUCAAUUUACCACAUUUAUUGAGACUAUUCACGCAGUCCAAGAGUUCAAAUGUUGUUGUGGUCGAGUAGAUCCUCUCGUGGAUGAUCGGAUCGUUCCAGUGGGAGCUUUUACUGUCCAUGAAGUACAAGUGCUGCAAGAUAUUUGUCGCCGUAUCAAGCCUCCAGAUGACGUUAUCCAUAAACGAGGAGAUAUCUGGUACGAUCCGUGGCUUCCAUCGUACGGCUGUGCACUGCAACGAACAAAGAUAAAUGCAGCGAUGAUCAAAUUGCACGUGAUCUUUGUAGACGGAUGGGAUCGAACGCUGCAUUUUGUGCCGACAGGGACGUGCGUGCAUAGUGCUGUUUCCAAGACGUACCACAAAAUACAUUGUGCAGAUUUAGAUUCGGCUUUAGAGGAGCAAUUUGAAGAAAUGUUUGCGACAAAACUAGCAAAAGCUCAAGUGAGCAAAGGCCCGAAGCGAACGGCAAGGUUUAGACAGCUGGGACAUCAAAAGACACCGCAGUUUAUUGCUGCAGUGGUGCGCCGUGCGGUUGCUGCAGUGAUGCGACGUGCUGUUGCGAAUAAUUUCGAGGAAGGGGACGACAAAGAGGAUGUCGACGACGAAAUGAUUUCUCCUCAAGGAGGAACGACGGAUGUGGGACAGCACACGGGGGGAAGACCACGUGAUUCGUGCUGGCCAAUUGUUCGGGCGACGAUUGAGGAUAACCUUUGCUGUGGUGAAGGGCUUUUUCGAAAGACGAUGGUGAUGUUUCAGCUGAGUUUGCUUCAAGCGGCUGUGCUCGAGACGCAGAGUAGUUUUGAUCGUGGCGUUUGUACUCGAGACGGUUGUGAUGCGGUGGAUGGUCUGUUUUUCAUGCUGCAAGUCGUUAUUGAGGCCACUGUUGAUCUUCUCGAUUGCGGAUACAACAUCUCAGCUUUGCUGGAUCAGUACCGUAAUCUGCGAGCUACAAUUGAUGGAUUCGUAGACUCCCUGAAUCACAAGAUUGCGAUAUGCUAUCAGCUACCAGAUCGUGCCAAAAUGCAACAGCUUCAUACACUUGACGGCGGUAUGCAAGUUGACUCGCCAAAACGUGAAAACGUCUCGAGCCUUGCAGCGAGCGAGGAGGAGCGUCGCCUCCGUGUAGUAACGAAUCUGGAAGGAUGCUGGUAUCUUGAUGGGGUUACGUGCAGUCUGAAUGCGUUGUUGUGCUGGGAAAAGUCUAGCGACGCUUCGAAAUCAUGCAAGUGUAUUCUGGUAUUGCGGACAAUUGAAUCAUUCAUGUUCGCGAGAUCUGUCGAACUAAGCACAGAAGACGAGCACUCAUUCUUCGACAGUGAUGAGGAGUUCAUUGAGAAUAUUAAGUCGCUUGUCACAGUGUACCAGAAAAAUAUCUGUGAGUGGCGCCGGCUUUCACAGUCAACAUCCUUUUUGGAUGUAGACCAACGUAGCCGAGAGAUGCUGGUGAUGUGGAUUGCAUUUUGUCUCGUUCAUCAGAAAUGCGUGAGGCAAGUGCCUUUAUGCGCUGAGUACAAUAUUGCUCUUGCUUGGCAGGACCUGAAAGUAGCUGUCCUAAGUGACUGUGUUGCCAUAAGUGCUCUCCAGCAUGUGAGCAAAUACAUUCGUGGGUGGAACGAGAAAACUCGAGGUCUUCAACUCUUCCAUUUGACCAACCAGGACCCGACGUUUGGUUUCGGACACAGGUUUGCUCUGAGCAGCAGCAGCAUGAUGGAUAUCUACAAUCGUGACGUUGAAAGCUGGGAACGGCAUGUACAAAGGAAGUGGGGAGAGAUCGAACAGAAGAAGAGCAGGGUCGCUGAGAUCCGAACUCAACUUUCUAAUCUUGAGGAUGAGUUACAAUCGAAACAUCGCGACCUAGCGGACGAAACUGUUUGUUUGAAUGACGAACGUACAGCCAACAGCUCAGCAAAAUCAAAAUUAAAAGAUGACAUCGUGAGCAUCAAUUCGCGGAUCAAACGAGCGAAAGAAUUGUUGAGACAGGAACUUGCUACUCCUCGUCCUCUAGUUCGACCACUGCCAGCGAUAAAAGAAGAUGCCAUUCAGAUCAUAUUCAUGCUGACUAUGCCUCGAAAUAUUGAGCUGCUCGGCAGUUUGUGUCUAACUGCUCAACGAGCUCUUGCGCCAACAAAACCGACCGGUGAAAUGAAGAUGCUGACAGGUUUGAGUACAACCACAUGGAAAGCUUUUUACUACCAGAAGGCACCAUCUCAAGCACUGUGUGCGACAUCGACAGAGUUCACAGCAACUCCUGGUGCAGUCUACCUUCCAGAGUGCAGCCGACCACAAACUGUGGACAGCCUGUUCGACAUUUCCCAGUUCAAGUCACAGUGCGUUUUAAAUCCAGUUCUGUACAAAACGAGACUAACGUGGGAAGACUCAACUGGGGUUGUUUUGAAUCCCUUCCUUGCGACUCCAGCGUGUGUGGCCGACAGCUUCAUUGAGGAAAUUCCACAACCAUUUGAAUCUCUCCAGUGGAUGAAUUCUUGGCCCGGUCAAGAUGACACACGAGGCAAUUUGGUCUACGCAAAUCUGCAUCAGAAACCUGACAAUUUUGAGAAAGCGUCGUUUAUCGCUCUUGGUUCCUUGCGUUCCUUUCCAAACCAACAGUUUCGAAAGCUGCAAUGUGCCUUACUGAACGACAUAUUCCCGUGGUCCCAUACUUGUGUGAAAAUCAUUGUGCGGCAGGCGCUUUAUCAAAUCGGAAAUCUUACGGACGAGAAGGAGCCUACGUUUGUUUGGAAGACAGAUAUGCUGAGCGGUGAGGAGGGCUUGGAAACAUUUUGUGCCACACUUGGUGCCAUUGCCAAUCAACUAGAGCAAACACCACGCCGCUUUGAGGCUAUUCCACUUCUUAGUGAACUGGCUGGGUAUCUGCAUCAGUUCACAGACGUUGCAAAGCCUAUUGUGAAAUUGUAUUCCAGAAUAGCGAGGCGUUGGGCAAAAAACUUACCUGCUGAAGACGAGAGCGAACAUUCUCCUGACCGAAUUGCCACUUUCCGUCAAAAGAAGUGUAUUUUGUAUGGUUACGCGCUGCUAGCCUAUACAUUAGGACCACUAGACGAUGCAGCGUGUCAGGAAGUGUGCGAGUUGAUCGUGUUAUUCCGCUCUUCUUUCCUUUGUGCUGCUAUCAUAGCCCCCUCAACUGAGCACAUGCUUUGCGUAGAAAGCAAGAUCACUGAAAUGAUGACUCGUCGUAUUGCAGAUUUGAUUAAGUACGUCAAGAAGAGCAAAGGGUCUGCGCUAACAACUUUGGUGAGUCUAGUAAGUCCGACGUCGCCUGGUCAGCUGGAGUGGAAGCAAACUUGUGAGCCACUACCUGAUGAAGAGAAAUUUGGAACCUGUUUUGAAUCCUCGGGAGCUCAGUACGCUAUUAACCUCUUCACGGGCGUUGUUUUGACGGAUGGCAACGCUCCUGGUGGACUACCGCUUAACAUUCGGGAACACAAGCGAUUUCAGGCCCUUUUCGGAUCCUGUAAUUUCGAAGUGUUUUCCGUGGGUGGCAUGUUCCAAGCUAAAUCUACGUACUGCGACCGAUUGUACGAGUUUGCGCUUCAAGAAAAUGAUGAACUUUUCGUUCAAGAGCUCGUCCUCAAUCCAUCGCGUAGUGCUGGCAAUACACUACAGCUAUGCUCACUCAGCUGGAUUGAGACGAUCAAUGAUCAACUACCAGCUCGGCUGUGGGAAUUACAUUCUCAUUGGUACUGGGUAGAGCGCAAUUGUGUCCUCUUCCGACCCAUAGCAGCCAAAGAUCGGAAGGUUUUCUUUAUUGCGACAUUCGAUGAACAGGGUAAUUUACACUGCUAUCAAGUGCCAUUAAGCGACAUGAGUUGGUCCUAUGAAUGGAUCUUAAAGCAGUGCAAGGACUACAAUCGGUUUGUUCAGAGGAAAGAGACUAUUCUGAGCGUCCUAAAUGUGCUGACAAAGUUUGAGGAUGCCCAAUUUCUUCAUCCGCUGAGCUGUCCUGAAAAGGGUUUGAAGAUUGAGCUACCACGUUAUAACAUGGCGUUUUAUCUUAAUGACAGCAUGCAGUUCGAGUCGGUAGAACACAAUGGUUAUGUCUUGGCAACAAAGCAGCAAUUUGAUGAUUUCCUGCCGAGAUUCAAGCGAUACCUGCUACUUGAUCUGAAGGACAAGUCCGACACAUCGCGGUCGGAAAGUCGUAUGCUCGUUCCACUUGGUGCCGUCAUAGAAUCUUCGGAUGGUAUGGUUGAUAUCGAAAUUUCUAGCAAGGCGGGUAGCCGAAUAGAUGUGGUAUGUUACGAUAUUCACCGUCGUUUGAAGACGUUUGAAACCGAGACAAUCGGUGCGAGACUGCAGUUUGCUGCAGUCUGUGCUCGAGCUGGAGCGAACGUGCCAAGCAAGCUAUUGAAAAUGACUGGAGAGGAGAUGGCAGUACAAGUUUUACGGGCAUGUAGGUCGAGUCGGCCCUUUUCUUCUUCGGAAAGAGACACCUUACUGUCGAUCAAUAAGUUGAGUUAUCGCGAACCAGCGGUAAAAAUCAUGGCUGUUGCGUUGCUUGCUGAAGCCGACCGCCAAGCAUUCCUCUUCGGGCAAACGAAGACGAUUAGUACAGCGAUGGGAAGUAGCGACGAGCAAACAGAAUACGCAGAUAUGUGUGCGAAGCAAGUCCAGCGCAACCCCUUGCGUUCACAGCUUCGAAGCGACGAGGAAAAGAUCAUUCUCGGGCAUGUGAGGCACUCGUCAGUAUCUGGUUCAACAAAAGAAGUUGUGUUGUGCGACUCACUUCCAGUUGCCGACGACUAUGUGAAGUCCAUCGAAGAUAAGCUUAGACUUUUUCUUCGGAUUGAGACUCAGAAAGCGAAAGAAAUGCCACCACUACCGUUGGAUAGCAGUACUACAAAUGCCAUGAGCAGAGGGAUGCUGGACGAGCUGCAAGUGAGCUGGGAUAGCUACUACUCGCAGAUGGAGCCAGUACUAAAGACUAAGCCAGGUAUGUUGCUCGGCCCAUUCAAGACGCUAUUGAGUGAUGUGUCCUCUCACCGUGUUGAGAUGCAAAAGUAUCUGUGGGAGUCCUUCUCGAAAGCGAUGGGCAGUACCCGUGAUCACCUUCUAAGCCUUGCCAAUUUUUUGCCCAUGAUCACGGUAAGUGAUAUUGUCCGUUCUGCUUUUGAUGAAGAAACACUUCGAACACUGGCGCCAAAGCUGAGCAAGGAAUCGAGAGAACUAGUCUCAAAAGGGGUUCUCCAGUACAUGGAAUUAUGUGUACUAGAAGACAAAGUGGAGAGGCUAAUCUGGAUAGCGAGUCGCAGUGGUGAGCUAUCAGACGCUCAAAUGGUUGAUGAGCUUGUGAACACUCGUCAGUGGCAAUCGCCAGAAUAUCCGUACUGGUUGGCGUUUGAAGUGGAGGGUAGACUUCAGAUUCGACAUGAACAAUAUGUGAUUGCUCGGCACCUCAUUGAUCGCCCAGGAACAGUCUGCCAGCUUAACAUGGGACGUGGUAAGACCCGAGUGAUCUUGCCCAUGCUGUUUCUCUAUUUCACUCGAAGCCAUUGCUCACGAGUUGUUCGUGCGCACUUUUUGAGUCCAUUGUUAAGCGAAGCGCAGCAAUUCAUGCACCGAUACCUGUCCGCGACCAGUGCUCGCCUACAAGUUUUCGAACAGCCAUUUCACCGACAGGUUGACCUGGAUUCCCGCAGACUUGAAUGUAUUCGUGACACCCUUGAGGAGUUAAAGCUUUUUGGGGGCAUUCAAAUGGUAGCUCCGGAACAUCGCAUGUCACUUGAACUAAAGCGUUUAGAGCUAGGCAAUGAUGGUCCCAUGGUAGAGAUACUGGACGAAAUCCUUGACAAUGACCAGUUCGUGGAUGUUCUGGACGAGUGUGACGCACUGCUUCAUCACAAGUAUCAUUUAGUGUAUGCGGUGGGCAUUCCCAUUCCACUUGGUAGUGGGGCGAAGCGGUGGAUGGCUGCAGAAGCGCUACUGCGAGCCGUGGCAAAUAACACUUCUGCUUCUCGAGUCCGUAUGGUGCUUCAAGCCCCACAUGUCUCCUGCGUUUCACCAGACUACGCCACGCGCUUAGGCUCGUACGAAGGCACUCGGCUUAACACCGUCGUCAAGAGCACCGAAGGCUUACGAGAUCAACUCAAAGAGGCGUUGGUGUUGGAUCUUAUUGAUAGUGCCCCGUUUGAAAUGAUGUGGCUCAACGCUUUUGGUAGCGGUGCUGCUCGUAAACCGCUGAUUAAGGCUAUCACUGAUUCGACCGUGAGUUUACAGGAUGCUCUCGGAGAUUACAUGUCAAAGCUCGCACCAUACAUAACUCAGUUGUUAGCAUUGAGAGGACUCGUAGCAUUUGGAGUGUUUGAGCACUGCAUGGAGAAACGCUAUCGCGUUGAUUUCGGCCUUCCGGUUGCUGGUGCGCGACCAAAGAGACUUGCGAUUCCUUUCCGUGCCGCAGAUGUUCCUUCGGAGCAAUCGGAAUUCCGCCAUCCUGACGUUAGCAUCGUACUCACUCUACUUGGAAACUAUCAUCGCGGACUCACAGCCGAGGAAGUUAAAACUACCUUCCAAAAGCUGUUGCGCUUGGACAUCUCGGAGCAGAACCAACAAUAUGAUCGAUGGUUUGCUAGUGUGACGCCUGGUUUGAAUGACGAUAACCGUGCAGCUCUGUCUGAUGUCCGUCAUAUAAGUCUCGCCGAUGCUCGACAGUUCGAGACGCUGUGUAGAGUCUACAAGUUCUGCAUGGAGUCGAUCAACUUCUACCUGAACACAUGCGUAUUUCCGAACGAUACUCAGCAGUAUCCACAACGAUUGUCUCGAACAGCGUGGAACGUUGCGGCAGGAGAAAAUAACAUCGGAUUCUCAGGUACGAACGACAAUCACCGUUUGCUCCCACUUUCAGUGGCGCAACAGGAGCCGAAUGAGCCCUCUUUGCUGGGCACGAAUGGAAAGAUGAUUGACAAGAUUCGGCAGUGGACUCUCAGCUACGAGGUGAUAACUCUUAAUCCGGACCGUGCUGUAAUCCCGUGGCAGAGUGUCCUUCGUUUUGCACUGGACAAGAAAGCGCAGGCUCUUAUUGAUACGGGGGCGCUCCUUGCUGGUGUAAGCAAUAACGAAGCAGCCGUUUUUCUCAUCGAACAACCUGACUUCAACUUUGCUGGUGUGACGUACUUUGACAAUCGUAAAGACCUUAACUGCUGGAUGAUUUCAGAGAAAGCUCGGCAGAUCGAGGUAUCGUUGAAAAAAGCGUCGAUGCUCGAGAAGGAGACGUUUGUGAUCUUUGACGAAGCUCGCUCGCGAGGAUCGGACAUGAAGCUACUACCGGAUGCUGCUGCUGUACUGACGCUUGGACCGAAACUUACCAAAGACAAACUAAUGCAAGGCGCAGGACGAAUGCGGCAGCUGGGAUGCAACCAAACGCUUUGGAUUGCAAGUUUUGAUGAGGUUGCGCAGAACAUACUUCAGACCAGUGGCCAACGAGAUGUCGCGCGUGUUUCUGCAAUUGAUGUGCUGAAUUGGGUCAUGGAUAACACGAAAGCGGAGGCUGUGCGCGGGUUGCUCGAGUGGGCAGGCAAUGGUAUACAUUUCCGAGAGACCCAGCUAAGCCAAGACAAAGAGUUGGUUGACGAGAACUGGUCCUUAGAGACACUGUAUCAAGAGAAGCUUCAUGCAGACAAAAUUGCUGAUAUCAUCGGCUUAAUGGCUCGGUUACAUUUUGAAAAUGUUAACGACGCGUUGGUCUCUCAAAUCUGCAGCAGAGGUUAUGAGUACGGGCUUGAUGACGAAGUGUGUUGUACCUUGCACAGCGGUGAACAUGAGCGAGAGCUGCAUGGGAAGGAGGAAAGGCAACAAGAAGUAGAAAUUGAGAUGGCUAUAUUGAAGCCUAUGAAGGAGAAAACCUGGGACUACUCUGAAAUUUUACGGGUUCGGUCGGCGGAGGAUCUCAGCCGCGUAGUACAAGUGAUAAGAGUAGAAAGCUACAUUCGGCAAAGGAUCUUUCCGGCUAAUUUGGUGAACCUGGCUUGGACGAGUACGCACAUUUUUGGGACGGAAAAUUUCUUUGCAACGAUCGUAGCGAGGGAAGGAGACUUGGAUCGUAUGAACGAGUUCUUACGCGUGAUCGAUGUCAUGCUGAUAUUUGACAAUGGUCAAGUGCUGAUGGUGUCAGAGUGCGAGGCAGAUCAUAUUCUUGAGCUUGUAUGGUCAAACAAUUUUAGGUCGACAGGCAAUUCUGUCGACUUGCCAUUUUGCUUCGUGAACUUUGCCUUCGCUUGUGAGAGUAUUGAUCGCACCGGAGCGUUCACCAAAAUUCACAACGUCCAAAUGGCACUUGGCUCCAGACUGAAUCAAGAUCUUCCACUAUUGUCAACUACAGCUUGCCAUCUAUAUAAUGGCGAAACCAUGUUCGCGAAACACCAGCAAAGUGUCGUGGAGCCCGUGUUGCGUGGUUUGCUUCGCUCGGGUACCCAGCGAGAGGCAAUGCUCAGCAACUUUGUGGAAUCACGAGGCAAUGGCCACAAGUGGACACGCUCGUUCCUGCACGAACUUUGCCGUCGCAUGGAUCUGGAAGACUGCAAUUGGUAA